AUGUCGAAUAUUCAAUAUGAAUAUGUUGAUGAGUCAUCGAUUGAUGAAAAUUAUAAAUGUUUAAUAUGUAAUGAACCAUUUCAACAACCUGUAACAACAUCUUGUGAUCAUAGUUAUUGUCAAAUAUGUAUUCAACAUUGGUUAGAUGAAGGUUAUUCAUCAUGUCCUGUAUGUCGUCAUCCUUUAUCAAUUAAUAAUUUAAAACCAGUUAAAACUCGUUUAGUAUUAAAUAUUCUUGAUCGAUUACUUGUUAAAUGUCUUCAAUGUGAACAAACUGGAAUUCAACGUGGAAAUUUUAAUGAUCAUAUUAGUAAAAUAUGUCCAAAAGGAAGUAUCGUUUGUUCAGCAUCUGAUAUUAAAUGUCCAUGGUCUGGUCAACGUGAUCAACUUCAAAAUCAUCUUAUUAAUUGUAGUUAUGAACAAUUAAGACCAGUCAUAGAUUCUUUUAUUAACACAAAUCGACAACUUGAACAACAAAUUCAAGUUCUUACGAAUCAAGUACAAACUUUACAAACAGCAGUUCAAAAGCCAAGCAGACGUUUAAUAACUUUUGAUAAACUAUUUGAAAUCGAUAAAAAAGUUGAUUCUGGAACAUUAUCAGAAUCAUACGAAGGUUUAAAAUGGAUAAAUGUAUGGUAUAUGCAUGAACAAUGGGUUAAAGAAAAUCAUGCAUAUAGUGGAUGGAAAAAUGCUUUUACAAAUGGUCAUGUGUGUAUUGUUUUUAAUGGAAAAGAAAAUCCUAUGAGUAUCUGUUCAAAACAACAAGGUAAAAAUACAUUUUCAUUAAUAUCUUUUGAAGCAACUGCUGCUUGGCUUGAUAAUCUACAUGUUAAUUUAAUUGGACGACGAGUCAAACAAGAUCUUUAUUCAACAACAAUCGUUCUUCAAUAUAAUAUGUCUCAAGUAUUUAAUCUUGAUUGGAAAGAUAUUGAUGAAAUUCAAUUUAUACCAAUUAGUGGAACAUCACAUCCUGGAAUUGAGUAUACUGAAAAAUAUUUUGCAAUAACAUGGAUAUUAGUAGAUUAA